AUGUUCAGAUAUUUCGGGAAAUCUCUUUCAUCGUUUGAAGAAGAGAAUGCUUCGUCAACACCUUCGAAAACUCUUCAAGUCGCUCAAAUUAGUCACCAAAAUGAACGUCAAUGUUACCGACAAAACGUCGCAACUGAACCUCAGACAAAGAAAAUUUGCCAAAAUAAACCAAAUUAUAUUGAAACGAUCGCUUGUUGA